AAAAAAAAAAAAAAAAACUGCAGAAAAGAGAGAGGUGCAGUAGGACGCGGUCUGUUCAACUCUGACAGGAGUAUGGCAGUGUUGUGGGUGACGGUGACAAUACACAAGUAUGGUAAGGUGUAGUGACAAGCCUGGUCACUCAGAAGAUGUGUUAGUGGAGGCCAAGCAUUUGAACAAGCAAGAAGAGAACAUUUGAAUAGAAACCACCGCCUGCAUAGUGGCUCUCACCACCAGCAUUGUGAGGACAUCCAGGGGAUGGGAACAAUCAUCCUACAGGAGCAGUUAUCCAGGAGGCAGUGACCAGGGUCAAUCAUUCUGCAGGAAAAGAUGUUCAGGAGCAGUUAUCCAUGAUGUCCAUUUUUGUCCACUUGAGAGAAGAACAGUGACUGUCUACCACAACAACAGAACAGUCUGAAAGGAAACUUGCUGAGCUUCAAUCUGAAACAAUGCUGGAGUACGAGAACCAGAUGUUGCUGGACCUGCUUCAUGAAGAUGGUCUUCUAGUGACAGCUAAAGGGUUAGGAAUUGAGAGGAUUUUAGUGAGUUUGAUAACUACUUUUAAUGAUGCGGGCAACUUGGUCCUGGUGAUGGGAACAACACCACGUGAGGAGGAGUAUUUGCUGGCUCAGCUUGAAGGUCACUCUCUCACUCCUCCACCACGCUGCAUUACUGCUGAUUGUCCGACUAGUGAGAGAGCACAAGUGUAUUAUAAUGGAGGUGUCUUAUUUGUGACCACACGGAUCCUUGUGAUGGACUUGUUGAUGGAGCGCAUCCCAGUUGAACUGAUCUCAGGAAUAAUUGUUUGGAAGGCCCACAGGAUUCUUGAAUCUUGCCAGGAAGCUUUUGCACUGAGACUGUAUCGGCAAAAGAAUAAGACUGGGUUUGUGAAGGCACUGAGCAGCAGCCCUUUGUCCUUCACAGCAGGAUUCUGCCAUGUGGAAAGAGUUAUGCGUAACCUCUUUGUCAAAAAACUCUACUUGUGGCCACGAUUUCAUGUGGAUGUAAAUACCUGUUUGGAGAAGUUUCAUCCAGAAGUUGUGGAACUCCAUCUAUCAGUGACACCUGCAAUGAAAGAAAUUCAAAUGGCUCUGCUUGACCUCAUCACAGCCACUGUACAGGAACUUCGAAGAUCAAACAGCACUAUUGAUACAGAAGAAUUCACACCGGAAAAUGCCAUCUCUAAAUCUUUUGAUAAAAUUAUGAAAAUUCAACUAGACCCCAUUUGGCAUCAGUUAUCCCCAAGAACGAGGACACUUGUAGCUGAUUUGAAAGUAUUGAAAACAGUGUUGGGAUAUUUGACACAAUAUGAUUGUGUGACUUUCUACAAUCUUGUUAAUUCCCUGAGAACAACAGAAGAGGCCUUGAAGAGCUCAGGGUGGAUGCUUCUGAGCUCUGCAGACUCUCUCUUCCUCAAUUCAAAACUUAGAGUGUUUGGAGCAGUGAACAAUCCAAAAGUAAAAAAUGCCAAAGAAGACCUUGGUGGAAGCAGUACAUCAAAAGACCUGAAUGGACUUUGCUUGGAAGUUAAUCCAAAGUGGGUAGCAUUGUCAGAAGUCCUUGAUGAAAUUCAGAAGGAGGUCAAUGAGUCCAAAAAUUUUGAGAAAUGUCUUGUGGUGACCCAGGAUGAUCGCACUUCACAGCAGCUGAGAGAGUACUUGGUGCAUGGCUCUCAAGUGGUCCUUCAGCGACUUUUCUACAAAACUGUUGGGCAGAAAUUGGGUUUCCGUCCACCUGAGAGCAUUGCAAAUGACACUGUGAAAAAAAACAUUGCUGGCAGAAAGCAAAGAAAUAAAAGAGAUAUGAAGAAAAAUGAUGACCUUCAACAUCAAGAAGUUCAAGAUGGAGGAAAAAAUAUAAAGAAACAGAAGUUAUCUGAUUCUGAGAAAAAUAAGAAAGAGAUAACACUCACACAACUAACCAAGCAGUAUAAUUUUAUUUCACAUAGUGACAGUGAUGAACCUGCUUCAGAUAAGGAAGUUGAUGAAGUGAGACUCUCAGAAAGACGUUUUUUGUCCCCUUUGACGCUGGUACAAUCUGUCAAGACCAACAAUGAUCCCUUCAAGAUGACUCGACUUCUAGAAGAAGUACAACCCAAAUACAUCAUCAUGUAUGACUCAGAUUUGAGUUUCAUUCGACAGUUGGAGGUAUGGCAGGCACGUCACGUGGAGCGUGUGCGGGUGUACCUCCUUCUCUACAAGGGCACUACUGAGGAGCAGAUAUACCUCACCAACGUCAAGAGAGAGAAAGAUGCUUUUGAGUACCUUAUUAAGGAGAAAGUGUCAAUGGUUAUUCCUGAGUACAAUGAUGGAAAGACUGAGGAUCACCCAGACCUUGUCCGUGACUCUCGAAAGGCUGCCGAAAUUCUGUCUGAUGAAAAAACAGAUACAAGAAAAGGAGGGCAAACUGAAACUGAACCAAAAAGUCAACAGAGAAUCAUUGUUGACAUGAGGGAGUUUAGAAGUGAACUCCCUGCUUUGAUUCACAAAAGGGGAAUAGACAUUGAUCCUGUGACCAUUGAGGUAGGGGACUAUAUCUUAUCUCCAGAGAUUUGUGUUGAGAGGAAAAGCCUGAGUGACCUAAUUGGUUCCUUGAAUUCUGGGCGCCUCUUCAACCAGGCCCAGGCCAUGACCCGCUACUACAAGCGUCCUGUCUUACUUGUUGAAUUUGACCAAAAUAAACCGUUUUACUUACAGGGAAGAUACUUUCUCUCAAGUGAUGGCUCCUCCUCAUCAAAGGAUGUUGCUGCCAAGCUGCAGCUGUUGACACUCCACUUUCCUCACUUGAAGCUGCUGUGGUGCCCGUCACCUUAUGCCACUGCAGAAAUUUUCCAAAUGUUGAAGGCUGGCAGAGAAGAACCAGCUGUAUCACAGGCUGAGGCUAUCACAGCUGAGACCAACCCAGACGUCAUCUCUGAGCGAUAUAAUCCACAAAUAAAGGAUUUUGUCUCAAAGCUUCCAGGGAUAAACACUAAGAACAUGUACUCAGUUCUGAACAAGGUUUCAAGUUUACCAGAAUUACUGACCCUCUCCAAAGAACGACUGAGUGAAAUCUUGGGUAGCAGCACCAAUGCUGAAGCACUGCACAACGGCCUUCAUCAGUGCAUAAAGCCUCCUGACCAAUUUCAAGACACUAAAAGAGGAGGAAAAUUCACUAAGAAGGGGAGAAGAAGAUUUCAGACAAGGCUUACUUGAUGAACUAUAGUAACUCUUAUGAAUAAAAUUGUAUUCUUUUUGAAAAGUGCAUACAGUCAUGUGGGUGAAAUGAGUUCAGAUUAAAUUAUUGCAAGAAAAGGACAAUAUUUGAUGAACUAUAGUAACUCUUAUUAAUAAAAUAAUUGUACUCUUUUGAAAAGUGCAUACAGUACUGUGGUUGAAAUGAGCUCAGAUUAAAUUAUUGCAAGAAAAGAAUAAUAUGCUUGUAAGUUUCUGAUAACUGUUUCCUAAUUUUUUAUCACAGUUACAAAAAAAAAAAAAAACAUUGAUCUUUUCAUUAGAAAGUACCACACUUUCACAUGUAUAGGUCGAAUACUGAAGGUAAAAUACUUGGGUAAAAAACUGCUUUACCAAUUUAACUCUUUUAAGAUGGUUGAGAUGGUAAGUACAUACGUACCUAAAACCUCAGAUAUUUAAGCCAGGAGGCAUGAGUGGUAGAUGCAAUGAUGGCUGCUCAUGUUCCCAUUAAAUAUGGUGGUUUAGCAUUGAAAUUUGUUACUCCAUUACCAGCACAGCACUCCAAAGUUGACUGAUUUUUAGUUGAAUAAUGUUGAAAGUUGCUGCCCUUUAUAUGUUAAGAAAAUAACCAAAAAACAGGUCAACCUAUAUACAAGGUAUAUCAUAAAUUGUUAAACUACGUAUAAGAUUUUACCAUAGAUCUUACUAAUUUCGUAGCCAGAAACUAAGAGUUGACCUAUACUCAAGGUCAACCUAAACACAGUGAAAUAUGAAAAAUACAGUUGCAGUGUAAAGGUGUUAAAAGAAUAAAGCACAUGACCUUUAAAUUGCUAAGAGACUCAAAAAUAUGUGCUGUAAUAGAUGAGUAAUCAUUGCAGUUCCCACAGGCUAGAUGAGAGAUCUGUGGAUUAAGGGUGAGGGUUCACUCUGGGUGAACCUUCACAUUGCUCCCCCAGCAUCACAGCAUCAAUUCCACCUCUACUCUGUAACCCAUCUCCCACACAGUGCUGCUUCAAAGAGGAAGAGAUACAACAAUUAUGUGCAAAUAGCAGAUAAGUUAUCAUAGAGAGGAAAUAAAAGUGAAUCUAAUUAUGAAGAGAUAGGAUGAAAUAGGUUCUCAAAUAGUGGUAGUUGACUGGAAUAGACUUAGUACUAAAAAGGAAUUUUUAGUGUCAAUGCAAUAAUGAUUUUUGAAAGACUGGACAAAUGUACAGAUGAGGAUGACAGGUGAAAACAGGAAGGCAUGUUUUAUACAAGGAUUGCUGCAUGCAGGUUGGAGAGUGCUGGCUUGUGUGGCACUCUAGGUGAACCCGCACAUUGCUCCCCCACCAUCACUUCAAGAAAUAAAAAUCACCAGAAUUCAACACUAAA